AAGAAGAAGUGCGUCGUUCAGGUUAUUCAGCUGUUGUUGACAGUAAUGAUUGGUAGCUAUCAUGCAUACAUUUGUACUAGGUGUAGAUUUGGGCACUACGUCAAUUAAAGCAGUUUUAUUAGAAUGCCAAUCAAGGAGUAUCGUUGCAAGCCAGACUUUACCAACCGCUUCCGACAUCGCCGAUUGUAACGGGAUUAAGGCAAAGGAGCAAGAUACCGGCCGGAUCCUGGACACGCUGAACCGGUGCAUUGGUCUUCUCCCCAGAGAUAAACUGCAACAUGUGUGCAAGAUAGGAGUUUCAGGACAGAUGCAUGGGGUUCUGUUCUGGAAUUCAGAGAGUGGUUGCGAUUGGUCCCGAGGCAACUUCAGUCAUCUGAUCACCUGGCAAGAUGGCCGCUGCGACGAAAAAUUCCUGUCCUCUCUUCCAAAACCGGACUCGCACCUCAGCGUGGCUACAGGAUUCGGCUGUGCGACAGUCUUCUGGUACAUGAAACACAGGCCUGCGUUCCUAAAGGACUUCACGGUCGCAGGUACCAUCCAGGACUAUGUUGUUUCCUUGUUGUGCGGGUUGGACAGGUGUCUCAUGACCCCUCAGAAUGCAGCCAGCUGGGGUUUCUUUAACACAUGCUCUAACCAAUGGAAUGCAGAUAUUCUGAACGGCGCCGGCUUCCCUUUGCACCUGCUUCCUCAGUGUGUCCCCUCUGGUGAGUUGGCGGGCCACACGCUCACUGACUGGCACGGCAUCCCCGCGGGGACUCCAGUUGGGGCCGCCCUGGGAGAUUUCCAGUGCGCCGUCUACUCCUGUCUGAGUGCGCAGGCAGAUGCAGUUCUUAACAUAAGCACCUCAGCCCAGUUGAGCUUCGCCAUGCCAGCUGACUUCAAACCUCCCGACUCUCCUCAGCCUGACUCCUCCGUUGCCUUCUUCCCGUACUUUGGCCACUCGUACCUGGCGGUUGCGGCGUCGCUAAAUGGAGGCAAUGUGCUGGCCACUUUUGUGGAAAUGCUGACUGGCUGGAUGAAAGAGCUCGGUAUGGAUCUGAGCGACCAGUCUUUGUAUGAGAAGAUGAUCAGUUGCGCUUUAAACCAGGAAAGCAGCAACCUCACUGUGACUCCCACCAUCCUUGGUGAGAGGCACGAGCCUUUCACUCUGGGUCAGGUGACUAACAUCUCCACCUGCAAUAUCUCUCUGGGUCAUGUCACCAGAGCGCUAUGCCGAGGAAUUCUGGAAAACCUAGCCUCCAUGAUGCCGCCCGAGCGUCUGCAGAAGGCAGGGGUCCGCAGGAUAGUGGGCAGCGGGAGUGCCCUUGCACGUAAUGAGGUGCUGAGACAGGAAGUGAAGAGAGUGUUUGCUUUACCGGUGGUAUAUGGACAGAACGCAGACUCUGCUGUUGGUGUUGCGUUGAUCCUCUGUGACCAAAUAUGACGCAAACACAAUGUUUCUUUUUAAAGAAACGGUAGGGAACUUUCAGUUUUGUCGAUUUUAGCGGCGCAGGUGGUCAAAAGCGGUAGAGUUUUGCCUUAAGGAAGACUGCAUUUGCCUUGAGGACCAGGGCACAGUGUCGUAAAGUCCUUAUCUCUCGGUCGCCUGCAGUUGGAUUGAACGACAUUUCUGUUUCCACCGGCUGUGUGAAGGAUGAAUAGUGAUGAGGUAAUGACUCCAAUUGUGGCUAAACAAUAUCACAUGACGAUGAUGAAAAUAAGAAACAUUAGAUUUUUGUACCGUAUCCUCCCCAUACCUGUCAACCCAAGGCCGUUGGCAAUCUUACAAAUAGCGUAUGCCCUUACAAAUUGGUGACUAAUCUUACGUUUUAUAUAGCGUGCAAUAUGAAACAAAAGUAAAACUCCAUUUUUAAAAUAAUAUGAAUUUAUUGGUAAUAUUGUCACAUAUAAACUGGUGCAAUCAAAGAACAAUAUCUUCAGCUACAUCGUGAUUACUAAAAUUUAACUGUGACUUUUGUUAUAAUUGUAUGUAGCACUUUUGGCAAUUUCUAUCAUUUCUUUUGAUGGCUGCACUUCAGCUCGCAAUUCAGCUUGACUUGAAGGUAGUUCGUUAGUGUGUCCAGUUAUAAAUUAAAAAGGUCAAUUGAUAAAAUUAACUUACCGAUGCAAUCAUUGAGUCAGGGAACAUUUCUUUUGCUAAUUCUGAGAAGUGAUCAGCAAUAAUUGAAAGCAAAUUGUGUUCGGCAACAAAUUGGCAGAAUAAAAAUCUUCGCUUUCUUCACAGCAUAGCUUUUCAUUCUGCAGACUGUAUCUUUAUGACCAGUGUUGUUAAUCUUACUUAAAAAAGGUAAUUAAUUACAGGUACAAAUUACUUCUUCCAAAAAGUAAUUGAGUUAGUAACUCAGUUACCUGAAUGUAACAGUAAUUAGUUACUUGGCAAAGUAACGGUGUUACCUUUCAUGUUUUUUUUCUUUAUUUAAAACCAAACAAACAAACAUAGUAACCCUAUGUUUGGAAGUGAUUUAAUGUCGUGAAUCAACUGUUAAUCAACUGUUAAAGUUGUUAAAAUGCUCCCGUUUUUGCAUUAGUUCCCUUCCGUCUACUUUCGACAUGUGAAAGUUUUAAAACUGUUUCAUCAUGUAAAGAUAGAUUCAAGUCAAGAUUUUGCAGAUUUAGGAGUAUUUUAGAUAAAAAGUUACUUAGGUUCACUAGGAAGGUUCACUACAACAGAGCCUUUCUGAGAAGUCAACUGCUUUAAGAUGGCAGCUGUUUACCAACGCCGGCAAGUGUAUCAUUUCGCAGCUAGUUCAUAUACAUGUGCAUCACGUGGCUGUAGUUUGUAGGCUGUCUGCUACAGCCAAGUAUUAUUGGAGCCACCUAGCCUAGCAUCGCAUUUGCAACGGCGUCACAACUCCCUCUUUCCCACUCCCACUCUUCUCUCUCCGUCUCUGACUUUUCUGGCGUCCUUCAACCAACGUAAUAACGCAUAGUAAUGCACAUUGUCUCGUUGCCGAAACGGUGACAAAAUCCGAACUGAGAAAAAAAAAAAAACGUAAUGCACGGAAAACGUACAGAUUUUGAAUGUAUGCCGUACACAUUUAAAAAUCAGUGCUCACUUGUACAAAUUACGCCAAAACUUGACAGGUAUGCCUCCCACUGCCCCCUCACCCGAACGCGUCAGUGAGUCAGUCGCUGACGAGUUCGGGUAAGGCGGAGUGGGGGGUUCACCAGUCAGUGAAAGCCGGGCCAAUGUUUAUUGUUAAAGGGGAAGUUUUAAAGGGGAACAAUUUUUGACAUCAGAUCUUCGAGUUAGUGCGGGUUAAUUUAAGUCGGUGGAGUUGAUUUCAACGAAUUCCGUGCAGUUUGUCAGUCAUAUUAGUUUCAGGGCUCUGGAGUGGCUAAGCUAGCACGAGUCAUUGGUCCCAUCUUAGCAUGCCAAUAAAAAACAACGUAUGCUCGUAUAAGAAUUUACCGAUGACCCAUACAAUCAAUAGUGUUGGCUAUGUUUUCAGGAUAACGUUAUUUAAACGUACCAUUGCAUGUCAACAAUUGUAGUAAGGACAGCAAAAUUUGUAGUCCAGCAGCUCUGCAGGCUGCAGAGCGGAGUGAAAUUUUUUUCCACCUGUGUGUUUACUUCGUAGCCACACUUUAUAUUGUUCCUCGUUCUUCAUUGGGAAUUUGUGGAAACUUUCAUUUGCCCAUUUCUUCUGUCUGUUUCCACAGCCUCUAAAUGCACAUUUCACAAUGUUGCCAUUCUUCAGCCAAGACUGUAGACUGAUGCUGCAUUCGAGGAAGGUGGGAAUUCGGAGUUUUCCAACCUCCGACCGGGAAAAAUAUCAUUGGAUUGCCACCCGAACUGGGAGGCCCUAGUCAUGAAGCUGAAAAAAAAAAAAAAAGUACCCUGACUUCACGAGUUGCUUCAAUCUGACAUGACUCGACAAAAUGGCGCUAUCCGUCGAGGAGCAGACUGUCAAUAGUAAAACUAAAGUUGUCGUUUUUCCUUGACUAUUUAAUCGCUUACGAGAAGCCAGGUUUGCUGGAGGUCAAAAUGUCUUUUGAUAGCCAAAAUAAAAAAACAACUUGUCGCGAUCAGCCAUCUUGCUGUUUACAUUCGCUUGAAGAACUUUGAGCUCGCAACUGGUAAAAUCCGAGUGGGAUAAGUCCAACUUCCAACUUUCCUCGAAUGCAGCAUGAGAACAAUUGGCCGAAGCACUCCUUUCCAUUGUAGUCGCAUUACGCAUCUAAAAAAAAAAAGUCCUGCAGAAUAAAAUGAAUUAUUGCAGUUUGGUGUGACAUUGUUUUGGCCGCAUGGAUAUUUGGAAUAAUGAUAGGCAUUUUGAAUUUGACUAUGUUAGAUCUGUUAAUAUCGUUUUUUUUUAUUAUUGACAUCCUAAAAGAGGACCAUCGAUUUGCGCUAGCUUAGCCACUCCAGAGCCCUGAAACUGACAAACAGCACAGAAUUUGUUGAAAACAACUCCACCGACUAAUAAAACCCCUACCAACUCAAAGAUUAAGCCUGAUGUCAAAAAUUCUGAACUUCUGCUAUAAAGCGUCUUUUCAUCCUGGUAGCCUCCCUUUUUCUUUUAUUUGUCUCCUUGGAAAAAACGUUUCGUCUCUUUUGUUGCUCUGUCAUUCUGGCAGAAUUCGCACAAAAGCAUUCGCGCAAAAGCAUUCACAAUGUCUUUAUAACGAAUGGGGAAAGGUGAAAGUGACGUAUGCUGGAAAGCAGUCAGCACAUUUGUAGUUUUUUUGUGUGGCAGGUGCCGGUGAAAGCGAUACAAACCCCCCCUCAGGCCAUAACAAAGGUGUCAUUCGUCUAUUUGUCAGUAGACAUAUCAUCACAAAUAAUAUGAAAAUAUUCCCUCGUGUUGCUUUAAGUAGAUACACAAAUAUGAUUGACCAAACGGUGCCGGUUUUGCACAUUUAGAUGAGAAAUGCAUCUUAUAUCAUCAGAAUAUUAUGGAAAGCCUCUAUAUUUUUGUUUGUCAGGAAAUUAAACUUGUAUAUUAUAUUGAAUUUUUACAAAUUGAAAUUAUUAGCAGGUACUAUAAGCUGUUGUAAUGACCUUGUUGUUACUGUGCCUGACUGGCCAGCAAUUUCCUUGACCUGAACCCCAUAGAAAAUCUAUGGAGUUUAAAGGAGGACAAGAGACACUAGAACAGCAAUGAAGAUGACCUUCAGGCAGCUAUCAAAGCAAUCUGAGUUUCCAUUACAAAGUAUUGAUCUCCUCCAUGCCACACGCAUUGAGGAUGGCAGUAAUGUAAGCAUUGAUGCAGUGAUGUAAUUGUUAAACGUAAAUAAAGUGCAAAUUUUCUGCUUUAAAUGUCUUUUUCUCUCCCUCUAUUUGUGCUGUCAGACCCCAAAUAAAAGUUUAUAAAUACACAAAGGAGCAAACCCAUUAUGUAAUAAUAUUCUAGUGAAUAACUGGCUGCUACAGUUCCUUUUUGGCAAAAAAACGACAACUAAAUAACUAGAUUUAAUUAUUUUGUUAGCUACAUCUACAUUGGCAUCUACAAAAAUAACUCAAAUUAAUCAUAAAAUCAAGUUAUCACCCAGACCUACCAGUUAACAUCUUCAAUGACUGCUUUCAGCCAAAAACUGAAAACAUUUGUGGUGUGUCGUGAUUUAGCAAUCCUGUCAUUGCUAAUGUCUUGAAGACAGGAAGCUGUCUGUCAUCACACUGAGUGUGCCCACAACACUUGGUAGAAAAUGUACCGUAUGGUCAGUGGUCAACGAGAAAAACAAACGUACCCACACAGACAAACUCAAGUGAAACUAAAUAAUACGGGACAUAUAAUGUACAAUACAAUAUUUUUGCAAGCAUGGUGGUUUUCAACAAUAUACAGUCGUGUGAAAAAAAUAGGAUACCCUAUGGAAGCAUAUGGAGAUUUAAUAUCAAUUUUAACAAUCUUGAGAGAUUCAAGUAAUAGAACUAAACAAAUAAAACUGGAAAAAAUAUUUUUUUAAGUUCUGUAAAAUGGAAUUUUAAAUAAAUGCAAUUUCUGUUGCGUA